AUGCUGUCCGAAUCGUUUGUCGCAUCGUUGCUGACAUCAAAUUCCACGCACUCAACCUCCUCCGCUCUCAAAGAUGUCGGUAUCUGCGUGCACGAGUUCAGGCCAAACCCGUCCAUCCAGCUAGGGUUUAAGAAAAGCACUUUAGAACCCAAUUGUUUGGCCGUGAAUAAAGGGCAUAUUUUUGCGGCGCAGUCAGGAAAGGCUGUUGUGCAUGUGUAUAGCAGAGAGAGGAACAACCAUGAAGCUACUGUGCCAUUUCCAGAGAGAAUACGAAGUAUUGCUCUCGCGGGGGAGGGGAUACUUGUUCUGGGGACCGAGGGGGGGAAGCUGAUACUCUGGGAGAUAUGCACCGGAAGACAAGUAAUGACGCCUGCAACCCACCUACAACCUAUCACAUCCCUUGUCGUUGAUCCGACCAAUAACUUUAUCCUAUCCGGCUCAGAGGAUUCCAGUGUACAUGUCUGGUCUCUACCGGAUCUCAUAUCCUUCUCCAAGCCAUCGUCUGCGGAUCAGAGCCUAUCGGCAUCGUACUCUCAUUCUCCAAUAAGAACCAUCUCCAACCACACAACCGCAAUCACCAGCAUUGCAGUGGGACACAGCAUAAACCGGUCGAAUAUUGCUAUAUCAACUUCUCAGGAUGGAACGGCAAUUGUCUGGGAAUACCGAACAGGGAAAAUCCUACAUACCUACCUACUCCCCUCGCACCCACUAUGUCUCACAGUCGACCCUGCAGACCGUGCAUUUUAUGUGGGCUACGAGGAUGGCAGUGUUCAGUUGGUUGAUUUUUUCAAAACUCCAUCCGUACAACACAUUCUUCACGAUACAGACCAUCAAACCACACCCAGCCAGCUACCAGUGGAUGAUAAAUGGCUACCCCCAUCUUCUGAGUUAGGUGCUACCCUUUGCUUGACACUGUCGUACGAUGGAACAAGCCUUUUGACGGGUCACAGGAGCGGCGCCAUCGCGUCUUGGGAUGUCGGCCGAGCGAGAUAUGCAGCGUCAAUCGCAAACCUAAACUCUCCUGUCACUAACCUGCAUAUGCUUGAACCCGAAGGCUUAGCUCAGAAAGCAAGCAGGAUCGCCAUACACCAAAUUGUUAAACCGAGACUCGACCACGGCAUGGCUCAGUCGUCAGAUGCAGUCCCAGCUGCCUAUCAUGUCAACGUGCAUUUAGAUACGUCAUAUACCGAACCAGGCGUUCCUUCGUCCAUAUUGAAAGAAUUCUCAGCUGCCUUGUCCCACCCAACCUUUCCCACUUCACUGAUAUCUGAAAGUCUCCUCGACCUUUAUUCUCCAUCCGAAUAUACCCCUACCAAUAGUAAAGUCUCCGCCACUCAUGUGGAAACUUCUCCUCAACCGGACAACAGGGCCCAGCUGGAAUCACUGGAAGCAGAAAUAAAAUCUUUGAAAAAGCAACUCUCUAUACAAAAAGCUACUCAUCAAUUAGACGUUGCAGAGAUUAUAAAAUUGCGCGACUGCAAUAACCAAUUAGCAGACCUGAAUAGUGAGUUACUCGAUGAACAGCAGGCGGCUGACGAUCGACGAGCUGAAACUCGAUCGAAGAUCCAGGACCGUAAUCGGAGGAGGCGGGAAGCUUGGUUUGAAGCGGAGAAAAAGGGGCAGAACGGGGAUAGGCUGAUGAGGGACAUGGAGCCCGAGGAAGGAUCAGGGCUAGGUUCAAGCGACGAUGAAAUGUAUGACUAA